CCCCGCCUCCUCUCCCAUCAUACUCUCUGUGGCGGGAGUUUCGGAGCGGGCGCGCGCUCUGCGCGCUUCCUCCCGCCUGACUUGAAGCGGGCGCGGGCACAGGGCGGCCGUGGGAGCUCGAUGGAAGACAUCCAGAUAGGUUAAAUUUCUGCAAAGAAAUAAUCCUGACAAAAAUGGAGAUACAUAUGGUUUUCUUGUAAACGAUAUAUAUAUAAAAAGAUAAAUAAAGAUGCUUCUAAGUGAGCAAGAACAAUUCUUGUCCUACAAUGGCGAAGUCCUCAUAUUUCAGCUGUCAAAAACAAGACAUGUGGAAGAAACAGCUGAUGAAACAAUGAACUUAUGUGUCAGAAGAAUGGCAUUCAACAGAGACACUAAGCUGUUUGUUGAGAAGUCUUCUGGAGCAUUCAGCAUGCGUGCCAGUCACUUAAAAAUUGAAAUAGUUUGUUCUAGCUGCGUAAUGGAUUCCAGAAUAGGGAUUAUCCUUCCCUGCGUUUUGGUGAAAAAGAAAAAACGGAACAAUGCUGUCAAAUACCUUCUAUUGUUGCUUCACAACUCAAAUCAAUUUGAACAGUCUUUUCAUUUUAAAUUGGAUUAUGAGCUGAAAGAAGACAUCAGGUUCUUUACUGGCCCUUCAGUCUUGUGGAGGCAUGCCAACAAGCUGUUCUACAUCUCUUCCAACACCUGCACGGUUCUAAGUGCUCCCAUUCAGCUUUCUUCUGUUGUGUGGACAGGUGAAAUUGAGGAUGAAGGCACUGUUAUCUUAGGGAUAAGAACUGCUUGCCUGCCAGAAAAUGAAGAUGAGGAUGAGUUUUCCACUUCAGACAGAGCCAUCUGGGGUAGUGAGUUCUUUGGAUAUGCAAUUGAAACACAAAAAAUGCUAACUGGCACAUGCUUUAUGCCUCAUGCUUACAGCAGAGUGGUAUCUUCUGUGUAUGUCUGCAAGAAUAAGAUACUGAAAAAACGGCUCCAAAUAUCACUUGUCGCCAUAACCCAAAAGAAUCAGCUUAUUUGGUUCCAAGAUGGUCUCCCUAAAGGUGUUUGUGAGCUUCCUUAUGAGAAACCAUGUUCAGUAAAACCAGCGGUAACCAAUAGCAAUGAUUUGCUAUUAAUUGUGUCUUUUGCCUCUGGAGAUAUCUGUGUUGUACAGAGGAGAGACAGCUUACAGGUGGCCUCCAAAUGGCAAAAAGUGAAAUCUGUUCUGGUGGAUGAUUUUAUUGGCUCUGGAGGUGAGCAACUGUUACUGCUUUUUGAGGAUGAGUCCAAUGCAGACCCCUUAAGUACAUUCAAAAUAACGGAUCUUGGAGACGUCAACUAUGCAGCUGGUUGCACAUCUAUUCAAGAGCUACAGCAACAUUUAGGACUCAAAAGGAGAGUUAUUCUAGAAUCUUGUAGAGCAUUAAUAGAUCUUGUUGAGGAAAGAAACCAUAUUCUACCUACUGCAAAAGAGGAAGGUCUUGUCUCUCUCUGGGAUGAUGUAGAAAAUCCUCCUCAUUCUCUUAAUAAAGAGACAUCAUUGGCGUCUAGAGUUCCAGAGCACUUCACAGAGAAAUUGUGGCAGCGUGUUGUGGGUGACAGCUUGGUAGUUGGAGUAAAGCUAACUGAAUCAUUUUGCUUGUCACUGAGUGAUGUCAGUCUAUCUUUAGUGAUGGAUCAAGACUCCUCUUCAAUUUCUCCGAUUAUCAAGUGUCGAAAUAAAAUCAUUAAGCUGAACAAAGCCUUCUCAGCGUUGGCCAUCGCCUCAUGUCAAAUUGAACCUCCUCCAAAAAAGAUGAAAUUGGACUUGCAUAACAAGAAUGAUCUGAAAAAAGAGUUUCCUAAGAGAUGUUCAAGGGUUCAGCUUGAUGGAGCAAAGACAGUUAUUGCUGUUACCAGCCUUUCACCAUUGUUGGCAUUUCAUCAUGUAUGUUGCAUAGUUCUUCUACAUGCGAAGAAACAAAAGCAUCAAAAUGAUAGUUUACAGGAGAGCAAAAAGAUUACUGUACUCUGUGGGAAAUUUUUAUUAAGCCUGGAAGAUAUUUCAAAUGGAAAAUAUUCAGUAAAGAUGAUCAGGGAUAGUAGUUACUGUACAGGUUCCAUGGAAGAUAUACUUGCUGUUCUUGCAGUCUCUGUCAGGUUCUCCUUUCAGAUUGUGUCUUCUGAUUGCACAUUGACUCCAGUAAAUUCAUGGUUACUCGGGGAAAUGGAGUGCACACCAUUUAAGGAAUGCCAUGACAACAUAUUUUGUCAUAAAGCAGGAAAUGUGUAUGGUACAGUUUUUAACUGGACCCUGAAAAACCCAUGUGAAGGAGUUCUAACAUUAUUUUGCAGAAAUCUGACUGUCUUGUUCCAGUGCCUUCAUAGCCUGACUAGAGUUCUCCCACCAAACUGUGAUGUAAAACUCCUGAGAUCUGGAAGCAAAAGCGUACUUACUGAACAAUUAGCACUGGCUUUGGAGAGAGAAAUGCUCACCUUAAGGAGUUCUUUCUUCUCAAAAGAAAGUAAAGUGGAAAACAAUUUGACAUGGGGGACUGAGCCUGGCAAGAAAAUCAGUGAUGCUUCUGCGGCUUCUUUACUGGACAGUGAGGAAGGAGUUCAGCAGUUCAGAAAGAAGUUUCAGAAUGAACGGGAAGAGAGCGUGCUAAGUAUGAAUCAAACAUUGAAUGGUGCCCUUUACCAGGAAGUUGCUUUGAAAAUAGUAGAAGCUCAGCUCAGUUCGGAUACGAUUGUGUGGAGGCUGAGCAAGUCCUAGAAACUCUUCACUAAAUUUAUGUUGAAUAACAUUUUAUUAAAAUCAUACUAUUAAAUAAUAUUUAUAUUUUGAUGGGUACUUAUAUUACUUUUUUCUGCCCCGAAAUGUAGACCAUGUAUUUAUUCUAUAGCUCAGUUAUUUCUACAGAUAAAUACUGGUAUUUUGGUUGAUGAGUUGUAGCUGAUUUGGCAAGAAUUUAUAUUAAAGCUAUCAGAGUCAUUUUGUUACAGA